CGCCGGAAGCUUAGACACCGCAAUUUGCAGCCCAAAGGAGCAAAUCUCAGCGACCAGAGACUUGACUUGAGAAACAAGUUUGUUAUGAGUUGUUUUGUGAGAAGUCACUACAUUUAUUUGCACUUUUUUAUUUAACGAAAACCGAAUGUGCUUAGGAAUCAACUCAAUUCGGAAAUCAAUUAUUUUUCAGUGCUUGAUAACAGUGUGCUGAAAAUCAUCUUUAGCUUGACUAUUUCUGUAUGUAACAUGAAGAUUCUGAUUCGAGGUCAACGUAUCGAGCAAAAAUGAGGUGCAAGGAAUAACGUUAAUGUAAAAAAAGUAUGUAAACAAUACAUAAAAUGGCAUUUUUAUGCCCUGUUCGCAUCAGACGUGGUACAAAGAAAAAAUCAUCCAGUGUUGAUUUGGAGAAAGAACUUGCCAGAUCCAAUAAUGGGGUUACACCAGGAAUGGGAAGAAUUACAGGUUCUGCAAGUAUUGAAACUCUUGUCAGAGUUGGCAUUGAGAAAGAACAUGGAUUAUCUCCUGAUAGCAAAAUGGUUGUGCUGCAUGAUUUCACCCCCUGUGUGGAUGAUGAACUAGAGGUGAAACGAGGACAGAUUGUUAAUAUUUUAUAUAGAGAAAAUGAUUGGGUGUAUGUGAUAGGACUGGAUACGAGACAGGAAGGUUUCAUACCAUACUCCUAUUGCACUCCUUAUAAUAAUCAUUUGGCGGAACUUGCCAUAAAGAAAAAACUGCCAAGGGAAGGGCAUGUAGCAUCCGGUGAGAGUUUAGAUACCAACAAUGAUUGUGAUGCGGUUGUUGUGGACACUAGUGACUGUGAUUCCCUGGGUAAAAAGGACGAUACAGAGGCAGCUUCGCCUAUUAGUAUACAUUCUGAGCCAGACAUGAUACCUUUUUCAAAGGAUCCUUCCGGCAGAUAUAUCGUACUAUACACUUUUAUCGCUAGAGAUGAAAAUGACGUUUCUGUUGAAAGAGGAGAGUUUGUAACAGUUCUCAAUAGAGAAGACCCCGAUUGGUACUGGAUUGUGCGCAGUGACGGACAAGAAGGCUUCAUCCCCUCUGGAUUUGUAUAUCCGGCUGAUAAUGUGAUACAAGGCCACUUGAACUCCUCGAAUCAAAAUGGUGCUGGCAGCUUUCCCAACCCGGCCAACCCUCACUCGUUGACAACGUCUGCCGCUGAGGACCUUAGGUUCCAUGGUACAGAACUUGUGAUGCUUUACGAUUACAAAGCCCAAGCCCCCGAUGACUUGACUGUCCGAAGGGGAGAUUGGAUUUACGCAGAUCUCAAUAAUCAAACGGUGGAUGGCUGGUUGUGGGCUUACGCCCCGAAGACCAGGAAGUAUGGGUUCAUUCCUAAGGCCUACGCCAGGCCUCCGGCUAUGACGAGUUUGUGAAUUUUGCCAUGUGGUGCGCUCAAUGUUUUUAUUCUCUCAAAUUUUUUGAUAUUCUUUUAUUUUUUUGUAAAAAGCAUUUUAUACCAAAUUAAAUUUUGUAUUUUGAUAGGA